UUCCAUUCAUUAUUUCCCGGAAGUGGUCGCUGGAUAUGAGGUUAAGAUCUGCGUUGGACGACAGAAAGAAAACGCUGACGGGAGAAAUCAGAAAAACUUUGCUAGCUUAACAGAUAGCUGGCUAGCGGAGCCGUGUGUAAUUUAUUGUUAUUGUUAAUAUUAUUGUGUUCACAUGGAGCUGUUACGGUGUUUUAGCGACUCCCAUCACGCGGAGGAGUUUAAAGAUGAUGGUUUACAGACCGUGACGUCUGCAGAGCAGAGAAAAGUUGAACGCAACAUUAAAGAAGUGCUGAAUGUUUAUCAGCAAAUCCACUCUUCACCUCAGCCCACCUUACUACGAGAACAACACUACCAAUAUCUGAAGAAAGGUUUACGCCAUCUCUCGGACGCCUACGAGUGUUUGGAUGCCAGUCGUCCUUGGCUGUGUUACUGGAUCCUGCACAGUCUGGAGCUUCUGGAGGAACCUGUGCCUGCUUCUGUAGCAUCAGAUGUGUGUCAGUUCCUGGCGCGGUGCCAAAGCCCUACGGGAGGUUUCGCAGGAGGUCCGGGGCAACACGCUCAUUUGGCCCCAACCUACGCCGCUGUAAACGCCCUCUGCAUCCUGGGUACUGAGGAGGCUUACAGUGUCAUAAACAGAGAGAAGCUCCUGGACUUCCUGUUCUCUGUGAAACAGCCAGAUGGCUCCUUUGUGAUGCACGUGGGUGGCGAGGUGGACGUCAGGAGUGCGUACUGUGCAGCGUCAGUGGCUUCUCUCACCAACAUCGUGACCACCAAACUGUUUGAAGGAACACACAACUGGAUCCUCAGCUGUCAGAACUGGGAAGGUGGUCUGGGAGGGAUUCCUGGUCUGGAGGCUCACGGUGGCUACACCUUCUGUGGCAUGGCCGCUCUGGUCAUUCUAGGAAAGGAACAUAUGCUGGACCUCAAGGCCUUAUUACGCUGGGUGACCAGCAGGCAGAUGCGCUACGAAGGUGGUUUUCAAGGCCGCUGUAAUAAACUGGUGGACGGCUGCUACUCGUUCUGGCAGGCCGGCCUGCUGCCGCUGCUCCACAGAGCGCUCUUUAAAGACGGAGACGAGACGCUGAGCCUCAGCAGUUGGAUGUUCGAGCAGCAAGCGCUACAGGAAUACAUCCUGCUGUGUUGCCAGAACCCUGGAGGAGGCCUGCUGGACAAACCGGGCAAGUCCCGGGAUUUUUACCACACAUGCUACUGUUUGAGUGGACUCUCGAUAGCACAACACUUCGGGAACAAAGAUCUCCACCACGAGCUGGUCCUCGGCCGAGAUGAGAACAGACUGGCUCCGACUCACCCCGUCUACAACAUCUGCCCUGAGAAAGUGGCCAAAGCCAUACAGUUUUUCCACAAGCUGCCUGUUCCAGCGCAGAGAGAAUCUCCAUAUCACCUGUAGGCUUUUCUGAUUUGUUAUUGUUAUCUGGGCUGUAAACAGGAACCAGUGUGUUUUAUAUCACUGGAAUUAAAAUCCAUGCUGGGAGGGAAAAAAAACAUGCACUAGAUUUACUAAAAACUAAAGUAAAGGCAUUUUUGGUGAAAGGUUUUUGCUGUCCUUGAUUUGAAAUGCACUCUUGGCUUUUUUUUUAUUUAUUUUUUUUUAACAUGUUUUAAGGUAACGUCGUAUCCACGGUGCUGUGAAAUAAAAAGGUUCAGCAGUUUCACCUCGA